AUGUUAAGAACCUUUAGCCGCCGUCUCUUCGCGCCAGGCUCUAGAAUAUUUUGCUCGAGCCUGGUGCAGCCGAGAUCCCUGCCGCUGAUGGGGGCUUCACGCUUAAUCUCUUCAAAAGCCAUAUUGAAGAACGAGCAAAAGAAGAACGCGGAUAAAACCAAACUUGGCACUCUCAAAGUGGAUAAGCCGCAAUUGAUGAUCGCUUUUACCUGCAAAAAGUGCAACAACAGAUCUUCGCACACUAUGUCAAAGCAGGCCUACACCAAGGGAACGGUUCUUAUCCAAUGUCCAGGGUGCAAGAGCAGACACUUGAUCGCAGACCACCUUAAGAUCUUUUCUGAUGACCAUAUAACUGUAGAGGAUAUCAUGAAUGCUAAGGGUGAGUCAGUCUCUUCAACCACAGAUGACCUGGCAUUCGAAGACAUACCUGAGAAACUCAAAAGUGUAAUUGGGCAUUAUGCAAAGAACGCACCCAGUGAAAUGAAGCAGAAACUCGACAACGAAAGCGUGCAUGCCCUGCCUCACAAAAACGAGACGAAUUAA